GAGUCACAAGUAGUAUGGAGCAUGAUACCUGCGUACCGAGAUAGCGAUCUGCGCAUGGACAUCAUAUAUAUGUGUUACCUAUUGACUUACAAAAGCUCUACCUAGAUGUGAUGAAUUUAGCAAAUCAGUGCAUCAAAAACAAUAUUACCUACACUAACACACUUUCAAUAUAAAUUCCACGUCUGUCACUUAAUCCACCCUCAUAUUUAUGUAAACAUGUCACAGUUUUCACGUCUAAAAAAAGAUGUUUUGUAACAGAUCGCUGCCAUUUCCACUCCCUCUUGCACAACACGCUCUCUCUACCACCGCGGCGCCGGCGCAGUUGCACCUGACGAGCCAACCGACGCGCACCAAUCACAGACUAACAGUGCGAGAUUCCAAUUUCAAAUCUCCGAACGAGAACUUUGAUUUUUUAUAAGUUUCAAGUGCAGUGUUUUGUUUCUUGUGAGUGUGAAGUGUGGGCAUGCGUUAAGUUUUCGCUUUCUACGGCGACAGCACGAUGAUUCCCGUAAUACGGACGUGCGCCGUGCUCUGGCUAGUGGCGUGCGUGUACGGCUCUGACGACAAUGCCACCACCACCGUCAUCCGCACCACGCUGCUGCCCGCGCGCACCACGCGCACCGAGCUCAAGGUCUCGCGCAGCCUCAACCCCGACGCCACCACCACCCUCAACGUUCGCACCAGGACGGGGCACAUGACUCAACUUAUAGUCAAGAAAAAGGAUAGGUCUACUACCCUAGCCAGCACAACUAUCGCCCCAACCACCCUCCCUAUCAAGGACGCAAAUGACAUCAAACUAAACAUCACAGAGGAAAACAAAAACAAAACCGAAGGCAGAGACCAAAGAAAGCUCAAUUACGUAGGAUCGCUUAACAGCGACCUAGCUGGAUUCGAUUAUUACUUAAAUCGUAAAAACUCCGAGGAACCCAGCGACAUCAAGGCGGAGUACGGCAACUGGUCGCCCGUGUCCGUCUACCCCGAGUCCCACAUUCAGGAGGACGGCAAACAGCCGCAGGCGGACCCGGAGACUUCCAGUUACUACCCCACGUACGACAACGAGAAGAGAACCGAGAACAAAAAGGUAUACAUCACAUCGACCAGCUUUUUGGAUUACGGAGGCCCUAUUAAGAACUAUAGGUUCGAUCCCAGUAAUCCGGUUAUAAAGAACGACAGGAAUCCUGUCUACAUCGAAGUCGUCAGCACGAAAGUUUCCGAUGGCGAAGGACGGUCUUCGAAAGUGCCGGAUCCCGUUAUUAUUAGUUCAGACCCCGUCUAUACGAAGAAGGUUUUGGACAAGUUCAACAAACGUGGCAGGUCUAUUCUGACACUCGGUGAUGACGGGAUUCCUGAAAUCCAGGGCGUAAGAAUGCCCGACGACGAAUCCGACAAGAAAACGUGGCGCAACGCGAGGGUUGUCAACGGUGAGCUUCUACCGUACCCAGAAGGAUAUACUCCCCCCAAGGCCAUACCGGAGGCUGACGUGUAUCCUGACGUAUCUGUUGCCGACCCCGCGCAAAACUUCGGCCCGUUCACCAAAGACGACAAUUUCGAACUAAAGGACGGACCCUUCACCAAACACGACAAUAUCAAGUUCGACGAGGGCGACAGUAUCGGCCCCUACAUGACCAGCGACAACCCAACGUUCGCAUAUAAGCACAAAAAAGAAAACCAUUAUCUGAAAUCCGGAUACGGUCCUUUCACUAAAGCCGAUAAUUCGAAAGUCGCCAACUCGAAACUCAUUGAAUAUAUUAAGCAAAUUAACGAGCAGGAAUCGAAACGCGAUUACUUCAGUGGGCGGAGCUCCCGCGCGCACACCGGCGACCUGGAGUACGCCGAGAGCCACAUCCAGCGGCGCAUGCUGCAGCACCCCGGCGAGGUCAACUACCCCAACUCCGCCAUGUACACGCCCAAGAACGCCAAGCCCGGCUUCGACGAGAGCGUUAGAAAUCCCGUCCUCCAAUACGCGCACCCCGAUCUAGGCGUGCAACCCGCUAAAGUCACACGCGACAAUCCAGAAUAUUACGAAAACAAGGAACGUAAAGUAAAAUACUACACCACGAAUGUACCGAAGAGCGCUCACCCGUAUCCCAUGGAGCCCAUUGACGGAUACGGCCAGCAGCGCUCGCAGGGCCCCACCAACGCCAACCGUUACUACGAGGACGAGUACAACAAGUUCUCGUACUACGACCGCAGUCACACCAGCCCGCGCUACCCCUACAGCUACGGCUACAUCAAGCGAGUGCCCGAGCCCUCCCUCUGGAAGAAGUUCACCGACUCCAUGAAGGACACGUUCCAUACCGCGACCCAGACCGUCCAUCAGUUAGCCAAGCCGAUAACUGAUCCUAUUGCUAAAGUAACGCAACCUAUUUUUGAUCCUUUAGUCGAAGCUACGCAAAAAAUAUCACACAACUUAGGUCUGUAUCCGUCAAACUCUUUACAAACACAGAGAUAUGCUCAGGAUAAGAUCGGUGUUGCCGCGGUUGCGUCUGGAGCUCCGGCAAUGUUGCCCGCUAUAGGCUUGAUGGCCGGAGGCGCGGCGCUCGGAAUAGGCGCCGUAGCUAUGGGCAGACUGUUCGAUGGCAACUUAAUGCGAAGUGCGAGCUUAAGCGAGGACUACGACGAGUUAGAGAAGGAACACAAGCGCGCUCUAACCGGCGCUCCGUACGACAUCGACAAAAAAUUCAUCAGCCGACAGAAGGUGUACGAUGACAAUUACAAAAUGCCGAGUGAGAACGUGUACGUGGUGAUGUCUCCCGAUGAAGCGAAGAGAUCAAAGCGAGAUGUGUUAAUCCAGGGCGAUAGUUAUCACGGCAAGGAUUUACGGAGGACGAAGCGUCAAAGACGGUCUCUGUCUGAAGACAUGCCCGAUGAGCUGCAGCACCUAGACGGCAACGAGGGUGGGUCGUCGCUGACGGCGGCGGCGAUGGAGCUGGUGCGGCAGACGGACUGGCGCGACCACCAGUGCGCGAAGCGCACCUUCUGCCGGGUGCUCACCGCGCAGACCUCCGACUCCAUCUUCGCCAUGGAGAAGAAGAUGGAAUCGUUACUUAAAAUGAUCACCCGCGGCGGCGCCGGCGCAGGCGUCGUGGCGCACCACCUCGGAGACGUCAUGGCGGCCAGCCGCGACCACGACUGCUCGAGGUUCUACUGCGACCGACACUAACGCCAUCUGUCGCCGUUUACGAGUAGACUGCCGCCACUGGGGCUGCUAGGCUAACAUUACAAUCAACUAUCGACAAACGCCAAUUGAAAAGUAAAAAUGUGUGACAGAUGAGAAGUCACGUGAUCAUUGCCAUGCAUUAUUUAAGUUUUGAUUGGUGUUUAGGUAGAGUCAGCUGCAGAGAUUGUUAACCUUCCUGCUAACAAAUUUAUAGGUAUACAAUGGAAGGGUCAGUUACCGCUGCAGCUGACUGUAAUAAACGAUACCGUGACUACUUUUGCUGGUAUCAUUGCCAUGUUACCGUCAGACGCGGUUUGUCAAGUGGAAGUUGAGGAUUGACAGCGGCGGGAGCAUUAGAAGUAUAAACGGCGUUAUACUAAGGGACGUGGACAGAAUAGAGACUGAUUUGUCGAUGUGUUGAUAGAGCACUGCCAACAGCAACAUUUUACUGACCUAUGGUAGACCCUAUAUCUUUCAAGUAAGGUUUACGAAUUGUCAAUUAACAGUAUGAACGAUAAUGCUACAGUCGGUGAAGCGAGCCGAGCACCCGUGCUCCACUAGACUGAUGGCCGGCUCGUGAAUCCCUUAAACGGCUGUACGUAAUUACGUGUUACAAGUAACCGCUUGAUUCGAUUUGAUUUGAAAAUUGGUACCAGCAAACACUCGAGUGACCAACUUCAAACUUUAGCACAAUAAGAUACGACCUACUUACAAUCAUAUAAGUGGGUCUUCUUUUGUAUUGAAGGCAAUUGAUUUUUUGUUAAAGAAAAAACUUCCUUUCGUGUGAGUCACUUCUUCUCGGAACGUAAUACUUUAAUUUUCAAUUACAAGUAUUGAUCAAACAAAAAAGUGUUUGACAGAAAGCCUCGAGCUCUACAGAUAGCCUUUUUCCAAGUGGGUUAUUCCAUUACAGAUCACUCUAUAGUAUGUCCGGUGUUCUGUCGCAAUCAGAUUAAUGUAGAAACAAACUAGAUGUUCACAAAUAUAUUGACAAGAAUCUAUUAAAGCGUAGGAGUAUAUUUUAAACAUUUCUGAGUAUCCGGUAGGACCAUAGGGUAGGACAGAUAUCAUUUGGUUGCGACGAGUCACUGGACUACUCUAACGAUUACGAUUUGCAAACGCAAAAUUAACGGACGUGGCAGAACUUAAUAGUCAUACAAUUUUAUUAUAUUUACGCAACAAGAAAGUGCGAAAGUGUUACGGUUACAUCAUGUAGCGUACGAGUGUGACAGGUGGUCUUGGCUACCAAGUAGCCAGUAGGUGAGGCCGGUGGAUCUAUUUUCGGUUUGAGGAGAGGAAUGACGUUUCGAAAUAUCGAUCGAGACUAGAGUCCGUCUAAGCUAAUUUAGCCACCAACUUCAGCCAAUAAGUGAGGGAGUGUCUGUUGACUUCAUAUUUUCAUCCUUGGUCUGACUGUAGGAAUAGACAGCCCCUCAUGUUUGUUUAUGUAGCCUAAACAUUCCCGCGAAAAUCUCACAUCAGAAUAAUGACUAAUUUAUUUUUGAAAAAUAAUUGUCUAGUUUUUUACGAGAUUGCCUCGGGAAUGCGAGCGCUUGUGACACAUUUCCCGGUGAAAUGUACAGUGAAUAAAUAGAAUAGUAAUUUAUUAUUAUUUAAUUAAAUUUAAGUGAUCAGGGUGAUUUCUUGUUUUAAAUUAUUUAGUGCAGCGAGACAAUGAUUUGUUAAGUAAUUUAGGAUCAAACGAAGCCAUAUUUUUCCGAUAUAAAAUUACAAUCAACCUUCCUAUAAUGACUACAAAAGUUACUAUGCUGUAGCCAUAUUUGUUUCGUUCCUAGAUGUUCACAAAGCAUAUAUUAUAUGUAAAAAAAAAUAUUGCAGCUGUACUAACUAAAAUUACGUUUAAUCAGUGUAUUUAUUGUUACCAAAUAAUUAUUUAUUCGAUUACUUUAUUCCCCUUGAAUUAGUGUUUUUAUUUAUGUAAAUGAUUUUAUACGACUUAAACGCAUUAGUUUUUUGCUUUUCUUAGGUUUAACUUCUUAGUUAGGUUAUUCGUAUUAAACUACCCGAUAAAAAGUAAAACAAAACCCUUGUUAUCCAUAACUAACAGAUACCUUGAGCAAUUUGCUAUAUCACGAAUUUUAUAAUACAAGUGUUAAAGUUUGAGGAAGUUUUACCGCCCCGGGCACGGGUUGUUCACGCGCGAAUGUCACGCCAGCGUGGAGUGAACCCCGGCCCCGUUACAAAUAUUAUACAUUGAUUGUAACAUGAUUAUAGUUAAGUGAAUACAAAAAUCUAUUUAUUUAAUUUAUAAUAGAUGCUUUGUAAGUUGUAAAUACCGCUUUACUGGAUGUAAAUUAUUUAUUUAUUACAAAUUAAAAUAAAUUGAAAUAAUA